UUGUACUACACCCUUUGCUGUGAUGAGCAAUUGCUUGUGAAAACCAGUGCAAUUACAAUUUUCCAAUUGAUUGAGUUUUUGUACUUGUCACAAGUGGGAUGGCCAUGAGUUGGGAUUGUAGUUCAGUCACGAAAGAAACAGGAAACGCUUCUCCCCCUUCUUUUAGUAGGCUUUGUAAAGAGGCGAGUUGGAUAACCAUGGAGGCCAUUGGUUUAAGUUUGUGUUUCUUUUAUCUAGACCACGUCAACCUCGCCCCUCCAAUGAAAUUCCAACAUAAUUCUGUUUGGUUCAAUGCCCAAGAAGGACUUGACGGAAAACCCUUUCGGCUUCAACUUUGCCUCGUCGAUGGAGAGCGAGAACUUGUUAAAGCUGGCCGACCAGAAUGUGUUUAGGGUUAGAAUUUUUGGCUGGAUGCCAAAUUAAAAAUGCGUGAAUGUCUGCCUGCAUACCUGAAUCGUCCGGAAAAACAAGAGAUACUCAGCUUUUCGUCUUAUCUUUGACUUAAAACUAUCGUAAAACAAACCUCAGUAAAAUGGCAGUUCAUCCCAAUCGUGACGCGACGUCGUGGAAGAAGGUGUUUUUUAGUGAAUUUUAUGCAAAUGUGCGCAUGUUUUUUUCUCAAAAUCACGAGGCCUACGACGAGUUCAAUGAAAUCCAAGACGUGGAGGAGAAAAUUCGAUACCUUUGUCGAAAUCCGGUCGUUCAAGCCGAAAGCGAGAAACUUAUGGCCACUUAUAACGAGUCCAGGAAGCCCCUGAAGAGAUCCAACGUGGUCAAAGCCAAGCCAAGUCAAAAGACCUCCAAGCCAUGGUGGAUCAAUCCAAAAAGUGUUCAGUUCCCACAGAUGCACGCUCAGCUAGCGGUGAAGGACCUGCCGGGCAAAGGAAGAGCCCUCGUAGCCCAAUCCAAGAUCCAGGCCGGUGAAUUGCUCAUAUCUGAAUCGCCCUUCGUUCAUAAUCUGUACUAUGAUUACUUGGAUCGUUACUGCUUCCAUUGCUCGAGGCGAUUGUUGUGUGAGGUUGAGAAUGGUUUUCAAACUUGCACUCGCUGUCAGAUGGCCAAAUUUUGCUCCAAAGAUUGUCUGGAAGCCUCUGUCCAGGCCUAUCAUUGGGCGGAGUGCGCAGUCCUCGAAGAAUUGAUUCAUGACUCCUGCUUAGGACCCAUGGCUCCGUUGGUGUAUAGAACUCUGAUCAAGACCGGGCUUGAGGGGAUUUUGAGCACCAUCAAGGAGAGAGAUACUCAAUUAGACCCUCCCCGCUACGACUCUCAAGACUACUUUUCGGUUUACAUGCAAGCCACCAACUACGAGAAGCGAGAAGGAGGAGAAGUAUUCCGUCGAUGUGUGACUUCUAUUUACCUAAGUCAUCUUCUUCAGUUCGCCGAGUUCUUUGGCACCAUUAUUGAUAGUGGUGUUGACGAUGGUAGUCAUGAUGAACGUCUCCCCAUCACCACCACCACCAUGAUGAUGAGGAACGCGAAGAGAUAUGAUGACCCCGGCAGCUUGUUACCCAAGGUGUGCGGGGUAAUGGUGAGACAUAUGAUGAGCUGCUCUUGUAACGCCUACGAAUUGAGCGAGCUCACUCGGGGUGCCGAGAAGGGUCUCCAAUCGCUGGAGCUCGGAGGGGCUGUUUACGCCAAUGUGAGUCUCUCGAAUCACAGUUGCUACCCCAACACACUCCGCUACAACGAGGGAACCCUUUGUAUCGUGAGAGCCGUGAUGGACAUUAAUAAGGGAGAAGAGAUCACAGACAACUAUGGGUAUUUCUUCCAAUCUCUUCCCAAGCCCGAGCGUCAGACUCAGUUGGCCAAGCAAUAUCACUUCAUUUGCAAUUGUCGGGCUUGUCGAGAAAAUUGGUCCACCGUCAAAGAAAUGAGCGGACGAGAAAUUGCCUUCAAGUGCCGUCAUUGCCAAAGUCCCGCUCCAACGACCGCACUCAAGAAGUGUCAGAGAUGCAGAAAAGAACUCCAAUUAGGCAAAGUGGGCAAGAAAGUGGAGAAUGUGAGACGAUUUGCUUUGCAAACGGCCAAAUCGCUCACAAUCGAAAACGCCGACAAAAUGAGACAAAUCUACACUGAGCUUUUAAACGAGAUUAAGCCCAAUGUCAUAUUACCGUGUUAUGAUAUUUUGCUUUGUGAGCAAAUCAUUAGUCAUUGCUACACUAUCAAGGGAAAUUUUCACCAAGAUCAACCAUAAUCAAUUGAAAAUGGUGACAAUAAAGUUCCAUUUGGCUUGAACGUAA